AACUAAAAUCUUGGGUUGGCACCAAUGAGAGAAAUUUGAUUUCAAGAUUCGAGGUUACAGUUAACUCAAAAUAUCUCAAAAAAUGAAAAUGAUGCGAAAAUUCAUAGAUAUUGGAGCAAACCUCACUGAUGCGAUGUAUUCUGGGAUAUACAAUGGCACCAAAAAACAUGAACCAGAUCUACAGCAAGUUCUACAAAGAAGUUGGGAUGCUGGCUUGAGCAAAAUCGUUAUAACAGGAGGAAAUCUGGAGGAGAGCAGAAAAGCUCUCGAAAUUUGUCGAAGUGACGAUAGAUUGUAUGCCACUGUUGGCUGUCAUCCUACAAGGUGUGGAGAGUUUGAACAAAACGGGCAGGAUCCUAAUAAUUAUUUAGAGAAACUUGUUGUAUUUUUGAACAAAAUUAAACCCUCCCGCAAAUUUUCCAGUUCCCUAAAAACUGAAGAAAACCUCAAAACCGUACAAAGUUUACCUUCAGAUAAAAUUCUUUUGGAAACGGACUGUCCUUGGUGUGAAGUAAGACCAUCGCACGCUGGCUACAAACUCAUUUCGAAAGAAAACCAGGCUGUGCCCAGCGUCAAGAAAGAAAAAUGGUCUCCCCACCAUAUGGUCAAGAGUAGGAACGAACCCAAUAAUAUCAGGCAAGUUUUCGACAUUGUAUCGACAGUUAAACAAGUAAGCGCCGACGAGUUUUGCGAAAAGAUCUACCAAAACACUUUGGACUUGUUCCUGUUCGACAAUAAAAGUAAUCUCUCGUAAUAACAAAAUAUAUUAACAAAUUCAAAAUACACGUUUUGAUCUUACAAACUAACGUAUAAAAAGUGGAAUAAAAUUCAUCAUCAUACCAA